UGGUGCAUCUAACCUGGAAGAACUUCACAGCAAACUCAAAUCAUCUGUCUUGAUCCGACGAGAGAAGAAAGAUGUUCUACAUCAGCUACCACCAAAACAAAGACAAAAAGUUCCUUUUGAUCUAGCAGACUCUACUCAGAAACAGGAUUUGGAUAAACAUUGGAAAGAUCUACACACAUUGAUCAAGGGUGACGUCGGCGAUGAUAAAACUCUGUCAAACACCACGUUUGAGAUUAAGAAGUUAAUAUCACAGCUGUAUACACAAACUGGAAGGACGAAGAUUGGGGCUGUAUGUGAUUACAUCUCAAUGUUACUCGAUAAUCCCGGCCUCAAGUUCCUUGUCUUCGCGCAUCAUAGAGACGUUCUUACUGCUGUAUGCCAGACCAUCACAAAGUAUAACAGGGAGAAGAAAUGUGAUAUUAAAUACAUCCGUAUUGAUGGAGAUGUCCCGAGUUUUGAAAGAAUGCACCUUGUAAACACCUUUCAGAAAGAUGAACGUACUCGGGUAGCUGUGUUGAGCAUACAAGCUGCAGGAGUGGGUUUGACCUUUACGGCAGCCACCGAUGUUGUCUUUGCAGAGCUACACUGGACGCCAGGUGUCCUAGAACAAUGUGAAGACCGCGCCCAUCGCAUCGGUCAAGUCAAUUCCAUACACAUUCAUUACCUCAUUGCUAAGGGAUCAAUUGAUGAGUGGAUGUGGACUGCACUGUCUAGGAAGGAGGAAUCUAAAGUUCAUCAGGAUAUUAGAUCAUUUUUUACUCCUAAAGGAAAGAGUCCAAAGAACACACGAAGACUAGAGAAAGACUUGAACAAAUCUGAUCAUGAAUUAAAAGAAAAUGAGAGGAACGCACCUGAUGUCAAUGCACCUCCUUUCUGCCAUCACCAGAUAGAUCCGGAGCAUCUCCCAGCUGGUGACACAUCCUUAAAAUGCCAUUCUGUGCAUAAUGAUUCUUUAAUAUUUAAUGAUGCAUCAUUGAAGGCUAUCAAUGCUUUUGAUUCAAUUACUAGUUCACGAAAAAGACGCUCUUCAUUUAGAGGUUGUGAAAUUUCUGGUUUUGAGGAGAAUUUAGUUGCAGGUUCUUUAGAGUCACCUUGUCCAAUCAAGAAUGCGUCUAGUAAGAGGAGAUGCAUCACAAAUGUCAGUGUUGGUAGAAUUAGUGGAGAUUUAUCGCAGGUCGAAAUGCAUAAAUAUGAAGAUAGUAUAUUAACUUCUAAAUAUAGUGACAAACUUGAAACUUCUGGUGUCACUCCAGAUGGGUUAUCAUGGAGCUGCUCUAUGUGUACCUACCGUAACCAUAAAAUUCUUCCAUACUGUGAGAUGUGUAACACUGCAAAGCCAAUUUUAAAGACUGUUCCUAAGAAAAAGGCUCAGAAGAGCCGAAGUCAAAAACAGAGAUCGUCGGUAAGUUCGACAAAGAGAUUCAGUUUAAGUAAAAUUGAUUUUGUUGAUGAAGAUCUUGUUGAUUUCGAUAUCUCACAAAGUUCAAAGACUUUAUUUCCUACACCAAAGAGGUCUCCUCAAAUUAAAAAUUUUAAAAAUAUUGGCAGCAAAAAAACAAGAACAAGAAAUGUUGUGGAUGACUUUGUCUCUGUGCCACAUCAAAGUGAUUUUGCAACUGUAGAAGAUAGUGAUACCAAAACCUCUUCUGAAAAGCAGAAUGAAAAGGUUUGUGUUGAUUGCUACAGCACAUGUACUUCUUGUGAGGGGAUCAGUCUUCAGCAAAAGAAAUCAGUGGAGAAUGAAAGUGACUUAAAUGAAUCUGAGCAAGACACAAGUAUCCUGGAAGACAUUGCAGCUGCCGAGUCCUGGAUCUCUUCACAAUCUGCACCUGAAUCUUCACAAGAGUUCUGGACUUGCAGUGAGUGUGGCUUUGUCUCGCAGGCUGAAGAAUGUGAUUCCUGUUGGAAUCCUAAACCAGAAAAGAGUCAAAUAAUAACAGGCGAAACUUUAAAAAAUUAUAAAGAUGAUUUCCAUAUAUCAAAAUCAAAGAAACAUGAAACACAGCCUUCAGAAGGUGGUGUAGCAUUUGGCAUAAACUCUCCACACAACAUUCAGAAAGUUAAAGAGGUUGAUGCUUCACCUUCCAGUACUUCAACUCAACCUCACCAAGAAACAUCAUGUGAGACUACUUCAGAUGAAUUACUUGAAGUAAAAGACGAACUUGAUGACACUAAUAUAGUUCACCAUGGCUUCAAAUACCGUCCCAGUCUUCACACCAGCAGAAUUUACUUAUAUGAUGAGGAUGGUGACUUUUUGGGAGCAAGUUUUUUCCCUGUUGAUGUACAUCUCAAAAACCUGGGAUCAUUACCUAAAUUACUGCAGCAUCCAUUCAGUUUCAAGCUUGUGCAGCAAUUUGUCAGGCGUUGGAACAGAUUGAGAUUGCCUCAACAGAAGCAACUCUGUAAGAGUGGAGAGCUUUUUGUAAAUCCACAACAAAUAAUAGAUGAUAUGAAGUGGAGAAAAAAGCAGAACCCAAGUACAAAACGUUUCAUAUCUAGAGAUGAUCUAGCAAAUUCUGCUGUAUGCAAAGCCAGUCAAAUUGGAGGUAGCCUAAGGAUCAUCACCAAGCCACCAAACUUGCGCAGAACAACAUUCAGUUUAUCGUCCACCAAGUCAUUAAGUUCACAAGUAACGGAAUUGAAACAGUUGCAAAAAUGUGACAAACAUGAAGCCCAAGGGAACAUCACAGAAGAAUCUUCAACUUGCUCUUCUUCUAAACUAACUAGCAACAUCUCUUCAGAUACGUCCAGAGAUUCUAUAAAAUCUCCACCUUCAGAUUGGAAAUCUCCAGCUAGGGGUUCAAAAGUGCCUGUCACUUCUGUACGUAGUCCAGGAAAAGGGGCGUACCUCCAAGCUGUAGAUGCAGAAGGUUGCCCGCUUUGCAUCUUUUGUAAUAAACCUUGUCACUCAACUUAUCCAGAUAGCAGGGAUCAAUCAGCAGAUUGGGAUUGCAGAUACUGUUCUGAGAAUUGCAAAGAUGAUCACAAGAUGCAGUGGAAAAGUAGUCAUUACAUACGGCAACAGUUAUUUCAACUGGAACAUGGAAUUUGUCAGCUCUGUGGAUUGGAUGCCCAGCAGUUAUUUGUUCAGACAAGAAAUUUACCAAAGAAUCAACGUAAAGAAUUUCUACAAGCCAGUAAAUAUGCCUCCUUGUCAGUUUCUGAGUUGAAUAAAAUUAUCAAAGCCCCAGCAGAGGGACAGUUUUGGCAUGCCGAUCAUAUUGUUGCUGUUGCUGACGGUGGAGGUCUUUGCUCAUUAGAAAAUUUCCGAACACUGUGUGUCAUGUGUCACAUGACUGUCACAGCCAAUCAGAUUCGAGAAAGAUCAAAAGCUAGAAAAACAACUGGGAUGAAAGAUAUUAAAGGUUUCUUCAAACCUCUUUACUGAAUGGAAAAAAAUCCGAAAAAGUUUCCUAUGUUGUUAAAAAAUUUUUGAAUGAGUAAUGAAAGUUUUGCCACUCCAUUUAUUAAAUUAUUACAAAUCAUAUUAUAUAUUUAUUCAUGUGGCUUCCAAUGACUGUCCUGAGGCAAUACUUUUCUAACUGUAAUUACAUUUCUUUAUAAUAAUUUUAUCAGAUUUCUAAAAAAAAAAAAUAGCAAACUCGUAGUAGGAUUUAAGAUAACAGUUUUAGUAUUAGAUUUUUGUCAUAAUGUUCAACACAGAUUUAAAUUAAACUAAAACAAAAUAAUUAUA